AUGCCAAAGAUCAAAAACCAAAACCAUGGCUUUUCAAAAAAAUUCUGCUUGCCUGUGCGCGAUUUGGAAACCUCCCCGGUCGGAACGUCGCACCCGGCAUCCCGUCGUCGCCAAAUGGACACCGAAGUUGAAAUUAUGCCAUUGAGGGCUAUCAUCCCUACCUUUGAGGUAGCAUUUGACAAGUAUGCGUUUAAGCGUGCAACGAAUUGCCGAGAAUGGCUCAGGUUGGAUCGGAGAUGUCCCUCAAGGCGGGGAGUUUUAGUUCACUCAGCGCCAAAGAGUGUCAACAGCCACGUCGCCUUUGCCGCGGAAAAGGUUGCCAAUAUAAACUACGCGGAUUCCCGCCAAAGGAGAUUAUUGUUAUCAAGAACGGAGUUUUUCGGUCCUGUUCCCGAGAUUUCUCCAUCCAAGCUCGUCAAGAGAAGAGGUCAAAUUAAAGCUGGAGUUGGUCACCAGGUCACCAGGUCACUCGAGCUGAGAUUGAAAUCAAAGCGGGAGUCUCAAAAUGUCUUUGUUGAAAUGCCUCGCAAGAUCGAGCGUAGAAACCAAUGA